AAUUGGUAGAUUGGUAUUAUUGGCAUUUAUAGUUCAGGCCGUCUUUAUCUUGGUCUUUAUGAUUUAGAUACAUAAAUUUAUUUACAAAAAUCAAAAAAUUGCAAAAGUUUUUCCUUUACACAAACAUUUUAAUUUUGGACUAACUUGUUAACUAUUAUGGCGGAUUAUUUUCAAGAAAUGGGUUGGAGAGAGUUGGAAGACGGUGAACAACCAAAUCAUCUUCUUCAUAUGGCAAGGUUUCUCAUAGAUUUUGGUCUAUACGAAGACAAUUUUUCAGGAGAAUGGCCAAGGUUACCACCAGCAGCAUCCAAAGAAGCAGUGAAGAAUCUUCAGGAAAUUGUAAUAGACACUGGAGACAAAAGUUGUCCCAUAUGCUUGAAAAAGUUUGAAAUCAACAGUAAAGCAAAAGAAAUGCCUUGCCACCAUGUGUUUCAUGAGAAAUGUAUUCUAACAUGGCUAAAUCAGACCAAUUCCUGUCCUUUUUGCCGACAUGAGUUGCCCACUGAUGAUGAGGGAUACGAGGCCUACAAAAAAGAAAAAUUAAGAGCAGAGCAAAGAAAAGAAGAUAUAGAAACACUGCAUAAUUCCAUGUUUAGUUGAUUUAAAAAAAUCCAAUUUAGUAAAAAUUUUAAAUAGACAUCAACAAUCCUAGACAUUUAAGAAAGUAUGUAGGUACCUGAAUAGCUUUAUAUAAUGAACAGCUUUUUUAUUCCAAUACUUAACUGAAACAUUAUUACAGUACCCAGCAGGAAAUAUUGUACAUUGGCCUUAAGAAAGAGAUAGCGGUUUCGUAGAGCGCCGACUGACAAAACGUCACAUAGGUAUUUCAAUUUUCUAGGUAAGAUAACUGUACCAAG